ACUUCGUAAAUAAAUAGAUAUAUUAAUAAAGUCCACUAAAAAAAUUUAAACACAAGACAUCUACAUUAAAUUAUUUCACUAGUGAAAAAAAAACAGCCAUUCAGUAAGAACUCCCUAAGUCAUCAGGGACUUAUUAGUUCUCAUUUUGAUUUGUGACUUCUGGGGGAGCAUGAUGGUAAAUUCGUACAGUUUGGGAAACAAAAGAAUUUUUAUAUCUUUCAGGCCUCGUCCUGAGAGAAAGAAUUAGUCCCAAAUGGGCCGAUCUUAAGUAUGUGUGAUGGAAAGGGUGGGAUGUAUCAUCCAAAAUUUUGUUUAGUUUGAUUAUUUUUUAACAUGGAUGAAACCUCCACAUUUUGUUACACCAUUCUGGUGAUCGCAUUUUAAUGUUAUGCAAUUAUAAAUAAAUUGUAACUUAUCUUAUUAUACUCUAGGUAUAUCAGUAAAUUUAAUAUAAUAUAUUAAUAUAUGGCUUUUCUGAUUACCAAGUCUACAUCUUCCAUAAUACCGGUAUGUACUUCUAUAUAUUAUAUAGUCUAUAUAAGGCACACAUGCUCUUGUUACUAAAAUAUUGUUUAGGGACUAUUUAUAUUGAACUUUCAAUUUGGCACAUAACUAAUUAAUUAAAGCUCUCCCUGACCAAUGGUUAAACUCUUAUGAAUGUAACUCUGAGAUAGUACUACGGCAUAGCCAUCUCAUUAUAUAAAUGUCUGUGAAUGGCUGCCUAUACUAUAAACCAUGACAACAUUUUGCACACAGUAAAUUAUGAUUAGUUAUGAUAAGGACUCACGGGGUUUUUAAACCUCAGAUUUAUCUAUUUAAACAUAUUUGUUUGAAUUACUUCUAGGUUCAUUCUGAAACUCAAGUUAUCAAAUAUUUUUAUGUAAAUGGUGGUAAUAAUUGAAUAUUUCCUAAGCCAUUAACAAGGGGGCGUGGCCCACGCCAUGUCGAAAUUAGGCUAAGCGACCUUAUGGUAGUACAGGUUACUGGGACAAUCGUAGCGAACGUCGGACACAUCCUAGAUCAAUGAGAAUCAUCAUACAUAUACAUCAAUAUGUCUAUCACAUGCUUGUAAAGAGUUUGGACUAUCGAUUAGUCUACAGAAAACUCAUGUAAUGAUGCAAGAAGCACCGUCCCCUCCAAUCAUAUCUAUUGAGGGUCAUAAUCUUUCGGUUGUUGAUCAUUUCACAUACCUGGGAUCCAAUAUUUCUAGUUCUCUCUCCGUUGUUGAAGAGAUAAAUAUCAGGAUUGCAAAAGCGCAGCAACUAUGGCUAAACUGAAUAAGCCGGUGUGGAAUAAUUUCAAUCUAACUGAUACAACAAAAAUAAGUGUCUAUCAGGCAUGCGUGCUUAGCACGCUCCUAUAUGGUAGAGAAGUGUGGAGCACAUAUACCAGCCAGGAGCGGAAACUCAACAGCUUCCAUCAAAGAUGACUGCGUCGCAUUUUGCGUAUUCAUUGGCAGGACAGGGUGCCUAACGUGGAGGUUUGGAACGUGCACACAUGUUUAGCAUAUUCUCCUUUCUAAUCAAGAGGCGCCUUUGCUGGUUAGGUCAUGUACGGAGAAUGGAGGAAGGACGUAUCCCAAAGUUACUGCUGUAUGGAGAGUUGGCAGAAGGGACAAGACAUAUUGGAUGACCGCGCCUGAGAUUUAUUGACGUUUGCUAACGAAGCAUGAGGGAAGCCAAUAUUGAAUCAAAUGAAUGGAAGUUCAUUGCCAAAAAUCGCUCCAACUGGCGAACAACAGUGUUUCAAGAAUUUACCGGGAUUCACUAUUCUCCUGCGAGAGAUGCGGCCGUGAUUGCCAUUCUAGGAUUGGCCUAGUGAGCCACUCAUCAAAGUGUAGAACUAUAUAGCUACUCCAUCGUCUCAAGAAGACGGAAGGAUGCCAUUUAUAUAUACAUCAAUAUGUAAUGCUUUAUAGAAAUUGAUAUGCAAGACAUGAUAUUUAAAUUUCUUUCAAAAAUUUUGAGGGAAAGAAGCCUUAUAUGUGUCUAUGAAUUUCUAAAACUAAGAUUGAUCAAAAAACGGCAAACAGUAAGUUGAAAAGCAGGCCAAGAAGUACCUUAAAUUAAAAAGUUAAAUGUGAAAAUUUGGAAGGAUACCAGUACCCAAAAUUUUAUGUCAAAUUAGACAUUUUACUACCGGUAAUGGAAUAUCACCAAUGUCCAAAAAAUAGAAAUUUGGAUUCUUCUGCGCAGAUGCCCAUUUCCCAUACAAAUUUUGAAGCAGUCUCCCUUGCUUACUGUACACCUAAAACUGGACAACAAAAGUCAAUUUGAAAACUAUUCAUUACGGUAAUAAAUUACAUGAUUUGGUUUUUAUAAAUGCUUAGGUUUAGUACUUAGUUGUUAUAGUCUAUUAUUAAUUAAUGAAUGAAAAAUGUUGAUUAGGCUAGUUAAUAAGAAGUAAAAGUUGGUCGCUUUCUACUCGUAGCUAGUUGCUUCAGCUUUUGAUGUUGACUUAGCCCUAGUAAUUAGUAAUAGAUAACUAGCUAACAAAAUUGACAAUAUGCUUUAUUAUCAUUGCUUAUUAAGCAAAAGUCAGAAAUGUGUUCAUUACUGCAUACUACAGCUAUUGAGCUGUAUAAUUCAGCGCAGUUAACUAGCUAGAUUUUUACAGGUCCUGGUUUAUAGGGACCAUUUGUGACUAUCUGUGACUUGCUGAAAUUUAAAAAAAAUAAAAUUGUAUUCUAAAUUUUUUUACCCUGGAUGGAGUCCACAGGAAAUCUUUUUAUUUACCAGUAAUAAAAAUCAUCCGGCAUCCCGCUUAAGAAACCCUAGUCGAGCGCAAUGCUACUUCUUCACACAAUACAGGCGUUAGUCUAAUUUAAAGCCUAAUUCACGAUAAAUGUAGCAGGCCCUUAGCAGCUAUUGCCCCCACCAAGUUACUUGUAAUAUUAAAUGAUAAACUUAAAUUUUCAGGUUUAAAAAAAAAUAAAAUCAUGCAUUUGUUCUUAAAACACCUUGGUCUUAGAUACCUAGUACUUAGUAUACAUAAACUACCAGUGUUUGGCCAUUAAUUGCAUCAUUGUAUUUAUGCAUAAUAUGCUAUCAUUCCAGUGGAUAGAUCCUAUCUACCAAAAUGAAAAUAUAGAGAAUAAUCAUUUGUAUAACUUUCAGUUAAUUGAAUUAAUUAUGUAAUCCUUGAAAAGGGUGUGUUUUUUUUUGUGUGCAUAUGUAUGUCUCAAUGAGUUGUGGUUUUUGCCGGAUUAAUCACAAAGCAUGUGAUUUUAUUAGUAGCAUAAGCUUGCUCCAUUUUAGCUGAUCCCCCCUCAUGACUCAUCUAGUGAUCCAAAGGGAAUAUCAUCUGGAUGAUACAGCUUCACAACUGGGAUAUCGCAGGAGGAGCAGGAAUUGCUGAAGUUUUCAAUGAGUCAAUGACAUACCAUCUAUGAGACUCCAUCUCUGUAUUUUUCUAUCGGGGUAACCCCCUUUAGCCUAUAACAAUGGGUUUGUAGCUGCAAGACAGCGGAGGUUAGCAUUUAAAGUUUUUUUUUCUCCUAGAUGAGCUACAUCCAAGAUUGAUGAGUCCCAUCAAUUCGGAGUGCUGGUGUUGUUUUUGCUUGUCUCGGUUUUGCUGGGGUUUGAGCCAUCCUGUCUUCCAGUCUUUUUUGGCUGUUAGGUCUAUCCAUUGAGUUGCAUUAUAUAAAAAACCAAGGAAUUGGCACAUUUCUCAGUACUAGGCCCUAUGCUUGAGUGUAAGAGUAAACAAUCUAUAAGUUGGUCUCAGGCAUCACCAAACUUCUGCACGCCGCUGCCAACACAUUCUAAUAGUAUUAUUACCCUAAAUAAGAAAACUAUCAGAUGACUUCAUUUAUAUUAUUUAUAACAGUAAUUUCCUUUGUUUUUUUCCAGCCUUUUCACUAUGAAUAAAUUAGCAACAAUACUCUUGUGUAUUAACUUCAUUACAGUGCUCUUCCCGCAACCAGGAUACAUUCAUCCUGAUGAGUUUUUUCAAUCAACUGAAAUUGUUGCAGGUAAUUUUAUGCAUUAUGCAGGUUAUUUACAAUUUACAGCAUAUUUUGUCAAUAGUCAUUGCAUCUUUUAAUGUUUCUGAUCAAUGUCUACUAGUCUAAAAGCUGUAUAUUCCCAUACCGGUACAGAUAGAAAAAGAGAAACCCCAAUAAAUUUGCUUCAUCAAUAUGAAGAUAUGAAUUAAACUAAAGAAAGUGAAAGAAAAGUAUAUUAUCUGUUACACAGCUUUAUCACACCUGAAAAUAAACUGUUGGGAACACAAUUUUGAAAACUGAGUUUUGAUAUCAAACAGUACCACAGAGUUAAAAUUUUAGGAACGUAUGUAGAAUUACCAGGUACUUGUGACAUUUUCUGUCACUUUAUUUGAAUCAUUGUUUAACAUUAGUAAUUUGGGGUAUAUCCAUAUAUCAAUUUUAUAUUUUCAUUUCAACUCCAUGGGUGCUGAUUCGGAAUGGUUUUUUUACGGAUACAAUGAAAAAUUUAACUUAAUUUCAACCCCAUUAAGUUUUACAUAAAUAUUUCUCAGCCAUAAUUUAGUCACCUUCAUGAUGCCAAAAUCUAAAUGUAGAUGAAAGAAAAUGUAACCAUAUGCUUGAAGAUAAUAUUAGUUUACUGAUACCGGGUACUAAAAUUAAUAUUAAUUUUUAUUCACCAGGUGAUGUCCUCAAUGUCACCCACUUCCGUGCAUGGGAGUUCAAUGAAUCAUUUCCAGUAAGAUCUGUUGUGCCCCCCUAUCUUAUGAUAUCCCCGUCACUCUACUUCUUGCGAUGGAUAAAUGGAACUGGUAUUCCUGGGUUUCAGAUGUCCACUGUCAAGGUUGUUAUGGCCACCAGGCUUCCUCUAGCCUUCCUGAGCCUGUUUGGCUACUUAGCAACUGGAAAGCUGGCCACUGUGUUUAAUGUUGACAAAUACUUAAGCUGUGUUUUAUACUGUAGUUCCUAUGUCUCUUGGACCUACUUUACCAGAACAUUCUCAAAUUCAGUAGAAUCGGUUUUGUUGGCCAUAGUUCUGCUGUUGACUUGUUCAAACAUAGAUACCCAAGAUGCUGUUCGAAAGCUCACAAAAUUAAAGGCUAGUGAAUCUCAACAUGGCUCAUCAAAAUUAGACAGCAAGCCUGCAGCUGAUGAAAACAAGAUAAAAACUAACAGUAACAGUGAAAAACCAACCUUCAGGGAUACUGACACUCAACCUCUGAAACCGUUGGAAGCAGAGAGUGAUAUGAAGUCAUUUAUCAAAGAUAAAUGUAUAGAAGACAGAGAGAGUGUUGAAGCUUCUGAAAGUCAUGAGCAAAUCAGUCAAUCAAGAGCUGCAGAGCUGUUAACUGACAAUCAAAAGGCUGAAUGUUUUCCAAGAGCAAAGAUCUAUUCAACUACUGACUCAUGUUUUUCAAAAUCUUUUAUUUUGGGUAUUAUUAUAGUUGCUGGAUUUUUUAAUAGGCCUACUUUUUUGGCGUUUUCCUUUAUUCCUGUUUUAUUCUGGUUGUGUCAUAGCAACAACAGGAUGUUAUUCAGCUUGUUCUUUAUUAGCUUAGGAGCUUCCAUUUCAUUCAUCAUUUUUGUUGUUCUUGACACAGUAUAUUAUAAUUCUGACAUUAUAAACAUCAUAAAAACAAGUUCCCACUUCCUUGCUAGUGGUGAUUAUUCACUUCAGUCUUUUGCAGCAAGCUUUAAAGUGUUCAAAUCUGUUUUAGUCAUCACACCUUGGAAUUUCCUAAAAUAUAACACCAACACAAAGAACUUGGCAGAGCAUGGCCUUCAUCCUCGAUACACCCAUCUCCUAGUUAACUUACCUUUGCUUUUAGGGCCAUUGUAUUUCCUAUUUUUGUUUUUAUGCAUUUUGACAACAGUUAAGUUUAUUAAAAGAUCACAGGAUAAUAAUAUGCUCUGGGUGGUUCUGAUGGCAGCUGUUCCAAUUAUUAGCCUUUCAGCUUUCCCCCAUCAGGAGCCCAGAUUUCUCAUUCCAGCUUUACCCUUCUUCAUGGUAAUAGGUGCUAAAGUGCUCGCUGGUCUAUCAGCAGGAAAGUUUUCAUUAAUUGCCCUCUGGACAGUGUUUAACAUAAUAUUAACUCUUGUAUAUGGCUACAUGCAUCAGGCUGCCCUGAUCCCGGCACUCUCAAUCUACCAACAGAGAUUAUCUACAAUGCAGUCGUCCUUUGGGAAUCACAGGGUCAUCUUUUACAAAACAUACCAACCACCCCGCCAUCUGCUCCUUCUCAACCAGCCUGACUCACAAAUCAGCAUCCUUGAUCUGGCUGGUGCCCCCAUCAGUUCACUUAUUGAGAAAAUUAAAGCUGAAAGAAACACUUGUAUCCAAUCAAAAGCAAGCUGUCAUGUCAGUGUGUUUCUCCCAUCCACCAUAACACCUUUGGUUCUAGAGUCUCUGUCCAAGUACAAAGUGACCACAACCACCAUCUGUCCUCAUUUAUCAAUGGAAGCACCGCCCAGGUUUAAACUCUGGUGGGAGAAGCGAAUCAGUUUUGAUGAAUUUAUAAUGGAUUUUUGCUUGAACAUUCUUAAAAUAUCUUGAAAUUUAAAGUAGACAUUGACAGUAUGGUGCUAGCAUUGAAAUUGGGAGCUUUCAAUAGUUUCAGUGGCUAUAGAAUCUUCACUGUCAUAGGCCAUAGUUUUGAAUACAUGAAUACCUUCAUUAUAUUUUGCAUAUUAAUUUUUCAGAUUUUGGUGGAAAUAGUACCGAUAUGUUAAUUUAUUUUUGGAUAUAAUAUUUUGAAAUUAACGCCUGCAAAUGGCUGUUGAAAAUGAUGUACGGAUAUUAUAUAAUGAGAAUACAAGAUUUAAAAAGUGUAUUGGAUAAAAAACAGCACUAGAGUGAUAGCAAAGCCAAAUCUCGCUAACUUAACUUAUUAACAGGUAUAUAAUAGCAACGAAUGGGAGCUCAUUGCCGAACAAUGUUCCAGCUGGUGAACAACAGUGUAUGUAGGAGUAAAAAAGGCUGAAGAUACACAAAACGAGGCCCUUGCAACAAAAAGAACAUUACGGUAGUCAAGAUCUUACCAGGAAUCAAUAUUCUCCUGCGAGAAAUGCAGUCAAGAUUAAUAUUCUAGGAGUGGCCUAGUGAGCCACUUGUCGAAGUGUAGGACUACAUAGCUACUCCAUCGUCUCACGAAGAUGGAAGGAUGCCAUAUAGAAAGAUAGAUAGAAAUAAAUUUAUGUAACCUUGAUAUCAUUCUGGUUACACAUACUGCGAUGGGCUUAUGUCUGAAUUAAACAACCCAUAAAAACAAAGUUUUUUGAAUAAAUUCUUUAUAAAAUGUAAAGAGAAAUAUGGGGAUGGAGCUUAAAAUUUGAAACCAAUUGGGAUUCUUAUGUACUAUAGUGUGUUACUUGUAUGCAUGUUUUGACAGACUUUUUUUCACGCUCCUGAACUAUAUUGAUAUUAUAAUGACCCAUCCGGUUUUACUCAGCAAAUUAAUUUCACCAAAUAUUUCAUAAAAAACAAACGAAAAUAUUACACGCCAAAUGUACUUGCGAUUUUUUUUAAAUCUCAUUUAGCAGUUAUUGGGAAUUUCAUUUUAUCUUCCCCUUGAAAAACAAAUUUUUGGGGGGUUGGGGAUGAAAAUAGAAUGUGUUGUCAUUGUCAAUGAGUCUUUGUGCCAAAUUUCAACUCGAUUAGUGUGACAAGAAGUUGGUCCAUUUGCCGUCCGAAGAUUGUGCCACCCACAAACAAAAAAUGUAAUAUAAUUGAUUUAAAAAGACAAAGCAAUUGAUAUAACUGUAUCCAACCAGCACUAACAUUGUAUUAAUUAACCGUCCUGCCAUGUGCUAAAUUCUCACAUAAAUGAUGGCGUGUGUGCUAGGAUAUUACUACCAAUUGUACGGUUAGACAAUGCGCUUAUGUCUCAAUUGUCAUUUGUGUAUGUUGGUCAUAUUUUGAAUAACAUUUUAACAGCAGCAUUAAUCCCUGUGUUUAUUGAAUGUUUGUACUACCUGGUACUUUGAAUAGCCUGUCCUGUUAUAUCUAUUCAGAUAUUGUCCUUUUCUUCAGCUUUUUUCUUUCGUUUGUUCCAUUUCUGGUUACCAUACAACAGGAGUGGGCAAACUACGGCCCACGUGGCCGCUGCGGCCUGGCAACUGAUAUUAUGUGGCCCUCCAGGGCAUUUAGAAACAAAAAUGUUUACUUCGUUUUAAGUUAAUUUAAUUGAAUUUUACAGAAUUUCAUGAACAGUUACUGUAUGAUUGUUUAAAUAUUUUUUAUAAAAUGUCUUUCUAAAUUUCUG